UCCGUAUUUUCUAGAGAGCACGACUUCCAUCUCAGUCUCUCAAUACCCUUCUGUGAUCUUCAAGAGGGAAUCAGCAAAACAUGGCAGAGCUCGUGGCCGAAGCUUUUCUCACUGUUGCGUUUGAGAAGCUAUUUGAACUGUUGGCUUCUCCGGAGUUUAGGAGCUUCUUCCAAGGAAAGAAAUCCAUUGACGACAAGCUCGGGUUGUUAAAUGAGAAAUUAAAGACAGCUAGUCUGCUGCUGAAUGAUGCUGAAGAUAGGCAGAUCAUUGACCAAAAAGUGAAAGAAUGGCUUGAUGACCUCAAAGACGUCAUUUUCAGAGCAGACGACUUGGUGGAAGAGAUCAAGGCUGAAGCUCGAUCCAAGCAGGAAUCUGAAAGCUCAACGAACGCGGUGAAGAAGAUGGUGGCCUUCCUUACUCCCUCCCUUGUAUUUGACAAAACUAUACGAGGUGAAAUAGAGAAUAUCUUGAAGGAUUUGAGUUUCCUCUUAGAAAGAGCGAGUACCCUCUGUUUGAAGCAUAUUGAUCGCGCUCAAAACAUCCGAUCUAUACAAAGAUCACCUACUCCUUUGCUAGAAGAAAGUCAUGUUCAUGGAAGAGAUGAUGACAAAAAAGAGAUCCUAAAGUUGUUGCUAUCAGAUGAGAUUUGGGGAAAUAAGAUAGGGGUGCUUCCCAUCGUGGGUAUGGGUGGUCUUGGCAAGACCACCCUUGCUCGGCUUGUAUAUGAUGAUGACAGAGGGAAGAAACAUGGUUUUCAUCACAAAGCAUGGGUUACUGUAUCAACUGAGUUUGAUAUAUUCAAAAUAACAAAGAUUAUUUUGGAGCAAGUCAGUCCCCAAACACCUAGCAGUGAAGAGCAAGCGGAACUUCAAGGAAGAUUGAAGGAGGCUUUAAGAGGGAAGAAAUUUCUCUUUGUUCUUGACGAUGUUUGGGAUGAGAAUUAUGACAACUGGGAUUCUCUAAGGAGCGCUUUCUUGUCAGAAGAUUCUGGAAGUAGGAUUAUUGUGACGACACGCAGCCAGAAAGUUGCAUCAAAUGUAAAGACCGGGGGGAAAUUUCAUCAGCUACUAGAAGUAUCCAACAAGGAUUGCUGGAAAAUUUUUGUAGACCAUGCCUUCAAUGGGGACUCUGUUCUAGAUCCACGUCUGCAAGAAAUUGGGGAAAAAAUUGUUGAAAAGUGCAAAGGCCUUCCAUUAGCUGUAAGAUCUGUUGGUGGUCUCUUACGCUCUGUCAGAAAUCCAGAAACAUGGGAAAGCAUUCUAAGGAACCAUGUGUGGUCCAAAAACCUACGCAACAAUAUUCUUCCAGGGCUCUGGCUCAGCUAUUCUUGUCUAUCUUCAAGUCUCAAGCAGUGUUUUGCUUAUUGUUCGAUUUUUCCCAAAGACUACGAAUUUGAAAAGGAACAAAUAAUAUUGUUGUGGAUGGCGGAAGGGUUUUUGCAAUCUGAUGAGAAAGGCAAGAGAAUGGAAGAAGUUGGGGAUGAGUAUUUUGAUGAGCUAAUGGCAAGGUCAAUAUUUCAAAGAUCGAAUCAAGAUGAGUCCACAUUCGUCAUGCAUGACCUUGUGCAUGAUUUAGCUAUCUUUGUAUCGGGAGAAGCCUGUUUCAGAGUUGAUGACGCGGCAAAUGUAGAGCAGGCUUCAAAAAAGGCUCGUUAUGUAUCAAUAGAGGAAGAAUCAAGUGAACUCGAGUUAUGGAAAGGUCGGUUUGAAGCCAAGCAUUUACGAACCUUCUUAUCAUUGGAGUUCCAUUUGUCAUUUGAUCAAGAAUUGGUUAAAGAAGUGUUGAAAGGAGAAAGGUACUUAAGAGUGCUCUCUAAACUAGCAGCAACUGACUUCCAAACAUUGAAUGAUUCAUUUUGUAAACUGAAGCAUCUAAGGUAUUUGGACUUGUAUGGGAGUGAGAUUGAAGAGAUACCUUGUUCAAUUUGCACUCUUUACAAUUUGCAGACUCUGCUAUUGUCAAGAUGUCGAAAACUUACUUGGUUGCCUAAGGACAUGGGAAGACUAAUCCACUUGCGUCACCUUGAUACCACAGACACACCUCUAAAAGAGAUGCCACCACGGAUGGGUAACUUAAAAGAGUUGCAGACACUGACUGAUUUUGUUUUAGGCAAAGAUGGAAGUGGUUCGAGAAUUCAAGAGUUAGAAGCGCUGCAACACCUGGGUGGAAAACUUCGAAUUUCAGGGCUUCAAAACAUUGAUAAUAAUAGCGACAAUCUGAAAAUCCAUUGUUUGAGGCAUAAGGAGAAACUUACCGAGCUACGUUUGGAAUGGGAAGGUGAAGUUACUGACACAAUAAGAGCAAGGGAGUUAUUAAAUGCACUGGAACCUCACACAAACUUGAAGAACCUCGUUAUUGAUCAAUAUACAGGUUCAAAUUUCCCAGAUUGGCUCGGUCAUUCUACAUUUUCCAAGCUGGAAUCGAUUUCUCUAAGUGGUAAUGAAUAUUGUUUCUUCCUCCCACCACUCGGGCAGUUACCUUCUCUUCGAGAGCUUCAGAUUAAAAACUUCCAUGGAGUGGAAAAAAUAGGUGAUGAGUUUUACAAUACCUGUAAUAGUUCUUCUAUUACUCCAUUUCGAUCUUUAGAAAGUCUAGAGUUUUUUGAUAUGAAGAGCUGGAAGGAGUGGUCAUAUAUUGGCCGAGACGGCAAAGAGGGAAAAUCAUUUCCUCGUCUCAAAAAGCUUUGCUUUGAUGGUUGUCCAAACCUAGCUGGGAGCUUAUUACCUGAUUGUGACACAAUAGAAACUCUUGAGAUUUCAAGAAGCUUUAGAUAUAUGAAGUCUCUUCCAUUAGAUAAAUUCCCAAAGCUUAAGAAGCUGAGGUUGCAGAGUUGUGAAAAUCUCAAGGAGCUAAUUGUGGAGUCACCUGAUGUGAUAGAAACGCUAUAUAUUUGGGACUGCAACAAAUUAGAGUUCCCAAGGAGCCGCCAUUAUGUACACGCUAAAGAGUUGAGUAUUUCACAUUAUUACAUAAUGUCGUUACCAUUAGACUACUUCCCAAGACUUGAAGUGCUUAGGUUGAGCUGUUGUCAGAAUUUGAAAUCACUUACCUUUACAGAAAGAACGAGCACUGCACACAAGUCUCUGAUCAAUUCCUUGGACAUACACCAUUGCAAGAAUUUCAGGUCACUGCCGGAACACAUGCACAGGCUUCUUCCAUCUCUUUCUGAUUUGAAAAUGUUACAUUGUCCAGAAAUUGAGUCAUUUCCUGAAGGAGGAUUGCCUUCAAGUCUAAAUAAGCUUGCAAUUUAUUACUGCCGCAAACUCAUCGGACAACACAAGCACUGGGAUCUGCAAAAGCUGACGUCUCUGACAUCAUUAGGCAUUGAUGGCAAGAAAGACGUAAUGUUGUACUCAUUUCCAGAGGGUCUGCUUCCCAGCUCUUUAUCUUAUUUGUACCUCGGGAAUCUUCCACACCUUAAAGGCCUAAACGGCACCGCCUUUCAAAACGUAGCAUCCCUUGAUUUAAGGAUAAGGAUGUGCAAUGAGCUCCAGCUUUCGCCAGAAGAAAUAUUACAGCCAACUCAUGUUCGCUAUUUGGAGAUUUAUGAGUGUCCUUUCCUUGAACGAAGGUACCAGAGAGAGAGAGGGGAGGACUGGCAUAAGAUUUCUCGUAUUCCCACCGUAUAUAUUGAAGGCACUACAACGUGAGUAUUUCCUUUUUUAUCUUUAAAAAAUUACUAUGCGUAUCAACGUGAGUAU